ACAGAGGCACUGCAGACAUUUAUAGAGGAACGAGUGAUAAGGGUCCUCAUACAUAAAGACUCCAUCAGCAACACAAUUGACCCAGGAGUCCACAUAAACAGCCAGAGGGGAGUAGACAGUGAACAUGGCUAGUAAGAAAGCUGCAGCUAAGAGGGGGAAACCUGCUCAAAGGGGCUCUUCCAAUGUCUUCUCCAUGUUUGAGCAAUCACAAAUACAGGAGUUCAAAGAGGCAUUUGGCUGCAUAGAUCAGAACCGUGAUGGAGUUAUUAACAAAUCUGACCUGAAGGAAACCUAUGCACAAUUAGGGAAGCUGAAUGUGAGUGAUGAAGAGCUGGAGUCUAUGCUAGCAGAGGGAAAAGGGCCCAUCAACUUCACAGUCUUCCUCACUCUUUUUGGAGAAAAGCUCAAUGGCACAGACCCAGAGGAGACCAUCCUUGCUGCUUUCAAACCGUUUGACCCAAAUGGUACAGGUGUUGUCAAUAAGGAUGAAUUCAAGAGGCUGCUAAUGAACCAGGCUGAUAAAUUUACAGCAGAAGAGGUUGACCAUGCUUUUGCCAUGGCUCCAAUAGAUGUGGCUGGAAAUAUUGAUUAUAAAUCACUUUGCUACAUUAUCACGCAUGGUGAUGAAAAAGAGGAGUCUUGAAAAGAAGCAUAUCUCCCAUUUAAUUUGAACUUUGCCACUUCUGCAUCUUCAGUUGUAUCACAUUCCCUGCAAUUGUUCAUGUCAACCCUCAGUCAUAUCAAUGCAUUUUUUUUCAGUAGCUCUCACAUUUACUUUGUGAUUUGCAUUGUGCAUUUUAAAAGAAGAUUUCUUGUUCUGACUGUUCCAUUACAUAAAUAAAGGCAAGAAAUACCCCGCUUUUUUAAUGAUUUCACCAUUAAUAAUUAUCUUGCAUUCCAAAACUAUUGCUUGUUUUCACACGUAAUAUGUAUUGUUAUGAACAGCUAACUUUCCUUUGCUGGCAUAUUAGUUAUAUAAAGUGUGUAGCCUAUGACAACUCCUUUAUCCUUAACCAUUUUAAACUCAUAACAAUUAUAUUUGAGAUGCACUAGUAACAAAGCAAUGGUUUUAUAACACAAACUGGCACCUUUUAUGUCUUCGACAGAAAAAAAAAGAUUUAAAGACAACUAGAAGACUAGUUCUAACACUUUCUAACAAUAUCCAGAAUAGAUAAAUACAGAUAGAACUGAAAUAUUACUGGGUGGCCAAAAACUGAACAUCAGAGGAGAUAUGAUAUAUCUGAAAUGAUUGAAGGAAUGUGCUCCCUUGUAAAUUUUAUCUGUAACUGCUGCCAUCCAAAGACUAUUUGUUGAACUGCAAUUAAUAACUUAUAUGAGUGAGACCCUACUUGCAACAUUUGCGUUUCUAAACAUGAAGGUAAAGUGAAAUAUGAGUGUUGCAUUUUCUCCCAUUUUUAAUUGUAAGACUGUAAUGCUUUACUUUGUCUUUAGUCUUUUAAAUGUCAGAAUUGUUUUUGCAUUCUACAAUCAAAACAAAAAAAUAAAAAUAAUAUAUAUAUAUAUAUAUAUAUAUAUAUAUAUAUAUAUAUAUAUAUAUAUAUAUAUAUAUAUAUAUAUAUAUACGUAUAUUUAGUGUAGAAUUCAUUUAAAUUUCAUAACAAAAUUCCAUAAAAUAGAACUGAGUAAUCUUUAAAAAAUAAUCUCUGCCUUUAACUAAAUAAAAUAAAAUAAUUAGAUAUUUUACGUUUUAUUAAUCUAAUUUUGUAAAAAAAAAAAAAAAAAAAAAAAAAAAAACAUAAAAUAAAAAUACACAAUUUGAUGGAAUUUUGUUAUGAAAUUAAAAUGCAUAAAUCUUACAAAUAGGCUAAAAUAUUUUUUGUAGUGUAUGAUAAACUUGUACACCUUGGAGAUUAGAGGAAAAGAGCCUGCUAAUUCAGCUUUUGCAGAAUAUUUCAAAUACACUGUAAAUUAAUUGUUCAAGAGAUUUACUGGUCAUAUAUAACAAAACAAAAAAUAAAACGAACAAACAAACAGUCUG